UGCAGCGUUGGGACGGUCUGGGCAUCAGUCGUCUGGUGGGCAUGGCGUCAAACACCCAGGAGGAUCAGAAGCAGAGUGGCUCUGCGGAAAUGGGCAAUGCAAGCAAGCUACAGCAGGCAGGGCCGUGUCAGGCAGCAGACAACCGGUGUCCCAUCUGCCUGGACACCAUCUGCCAAGCUGCCCAUGUGCCCACCUGCUUUCACUGUUUCUGCUUUAGCUGUAUCUGGCAGUGGGCUGCCAUCAAUGCUGUGUGCCCCAUCUGCAGGCAGCCUUUUGACCACAUCUUGUGCGCGAUGCAAGCAGAUGGUGACUACCAGCAGUACAUGCUCAGCACGUUCACCCAUCACCAGAGGCAUGCAGCCAGGGAGAGGAUGUGGAACAGAUCCCCGCAGCAGCGCUACAGCCUGCGCCUGCGUCACAGCAAUGAUCAGUCCAUAGCAGGGAGUACAGAGCCUGCAGGGCCCUCUGGCAUCUCUGCACCCAGCACCUUCAGAGAGCCAGCCCAGCCGAAUGCUGUGCAGCGCCCACCAAGCCCCGUGGAUGAGCAUCCCAGAAACUUCAGCAUGCUGCUGCUGCGUGCUCGGCUCCUGCGUUUCCUUGAGUUGGAAUAAACAGCCGUAAGCAUUCCAAAGAACAACCGUCUGCAGGAAAUGUUUUCUAGUUCUAUCUCAGCAAUGUGCUUCUUGGAGUGUGUUAUGAUUUU